UAAGGAGGCUGCGCCAGAUGGGGAGCAUUGCGCGGUGGACCAGCGCCGGGGAACAUCUGGUUUGGAGAGAGGCUCGUUGCGCACUGCCUCAGGAUGCGCGUCGUGGCUGUUCUCUGGGUGUUUGGGUUUCUGCUGGAUGAGGCGUAUUCGUGGGGAUUCCAAAACGGAGUGUUUCAUAACUCAAUAUGGCUGGAGCAAGCAGCUGGUGUAUACCACAGGGAAUCACGCAAAGGCAGAUACCAGCUGACGUAUAAAGAGGCAAAAGCUGUCUGCAAAUUUGAGGGAGGGAAGCUGGCCACCUAUGACCAACUGGAGGCUGCACGCAAAAUAGGUCUCCACGUGUGCUCGGCAGGCUGGUUCGACAAGGCUCACGUGGGCUACCCCAUCGUCAAAGCCGGCGCCCACUGUGGCUUUGGCAAGAUCGGCAUCAUAGACUACGGCUACCGGAUGAACAAGAGCGAGAGGUGGGACGUGUUCUGCUUCAACCCAGACACCAAGCAGUGCGGGGGCAUUCUGACGGAGCCGGAGAGGCAGAUCCGGACGCCGGGGUAUCCCGAGGAGUACGAGGACGAGCAGAUCUGCUACUGGCACAUCCGCGUGCGCUACGGUCAGCGCAUCCGCCUGCACUUCCUGGACUUUGACCUGGAGGACGACACCUCGUGCAUGGCCGACUACCUGGAGGUCUACGACAGCUACGACGACAUCACAGGCUUCGCCGGGAGGUUCUGUGGUGACGACCUACCAGAUGACAUCAUCAGCAGUGGAAAUGUGAUGACCCUGAAGUUUCUCUCGGAUGCGUCGGUGACAGCGGGGGGCUUUCAGAUGCAGUAUAUUGCCUUCAACGCAUCACUCCUCUACCAGGGCCAGGACAGCCCCCUCCCCUGACCUGUCACUCACACACCGACGAACACCAGCCACUCCCCUUGACCUGUCACUCACACACCGACGUACACCAGCCACUACCCUUGACCUGUCACUCACACAACAAUGUACACCAGAACAACUCCUUGUGUAGUGAUGACUUUUAUUAAGUUCUUGCUGUAACAGUAAUAUUGCAAUUAUUUUAAUUUUUUUAUUUUGUGUUCUAUUUAACUUUGGUGAAUGUUUGUUUCCUGUUUGAAACAGCCUACUUGAAAACAAAUAGACCCAAAUUGCAAUGAAAGUAGUAAUGGUU